AGCAAUGGCCGCUGGAAACUGGAGCCAGGUAACAGAAUUCAUCAUUUUGGGCUUCCCUCACCUCCAAGGCAUACAGACUUACUUCUUUUUCUUUUUACUUACCAUUUACCUCACUACUAUCCUGGGAAAUCUGUUGAUAUUCUUAGUGGUCCGUCUGGACUCCCGGCUCCACACACCCAUGUACCAAUUUGUCAGCAUUCUCUCCUUCUUGGAGCUGGGUUACACAGCUGCCACCAUCCCUAAGAUGCUGGCAAACUUGCUCAGUGAGAAGAAGACAAUUUCCUUUUCCGGAUGCCUCCUGCAGAUCUAUUUCUUUCACUCGCUUGGAGCUACUGAGUGUUACCUCCUAACAGCAAUGGCAUAUGACAGGUACUUAGCCAUCUGCAGGCCCCUCCACUAUCCAACCCUCAUGACCCAGACACUCUGCACUAAGAUUGCUGUUGGUUGCUGGUUGGGAGGCUUGGCUGGGCCAGUAGUUGAAAUUUCCUUGGUGUCUCGUCUGCCUUUCUGUGGCCCCAAUCACAUUCAGCAUAUCUUUUGUGAUUUCCCUCCUGUUUUAAGCUUAGCCUGUACUGACACAUCUGUUAAUGUCCUGGUGGAUUUUAUUAUAAACUCCUGCAAAAUCCUGGCCACCUUCCUGCUGAUUCUUAGCUCCUACUUACAGAUAAUCCUCACUGUGCUAAAGAUUCCCUCAGAUGCAGGCAAGAAAAAGGCCUUCUCCACAUGUGCCUCCCACCUCACUGUGGUUCUCAUCUUCUAUGGGAGCAUUCUCUUUAUGUAUGUGCGGUUGAAGAAAAGUUACUCCCUGGACUAUGACCGGGCCCUGGCAGUGGUCUACUCAGUGAUCACCCCCUUCCUUAACCCCUUCAUCUACAGCUUACGCAACAAGGAAAUCAAGGAUGCUGUGAAGAGGCAACUAAAGAGAACUGGGGCACUUGGGUGA